CUGCCAGCUGAGGGACUGUCGUGAACAGUCGCAGUGUUGGCUCAAGUCGUCUGCGCUCAGUAUUAGCUGGGCUGAGAAGUGAGUCUGAGAGAUUUCUGCCUUGGAAUAAGUCUGCGAAAGAAUCACAAAGAGACUGAGGAAGCAACAAAUCUGGAUGAAAACACGCGCAGACCAGAACGCCAAAUGGAACAAAAAAGGACUUCUUCUUCUCUUCCGUGUAUCAGUGUAUUCAACUAACUAGCAGCUAAAAGCUAGCUAACCUAUAUAGCUCUCUUAAAGAGCUUUAAAUAGCCCUUUGUUUUUGUUUUAAAAAGCACGAUUAAAUGGACCUCGGGCUUUUGGAGUUUACUUCCAACGUUACAACAGGAUGCGUCUUAAGAGUUCAUUACUAACAACAGCCAAAUAGGUAGUUUAGAGUGGUUAUUAGUCGGCUAGUUACUAGUUAAAGUUAGCUCUUCGUGUCGGUGCUUGUUCAGCUGUCUCUCGAAUGAAGUGAUUUUUUUAAGCAGCUAAAACAAAGCAAGCUUUAGUUGUAACACUUUUAUGGCAUACCUCUAACGUUUUUGCUCUUCAUGAUGGACUCUCUCUGAAUGAAGUGGAUUCGUUUUAUUGUUUACAGCUGAAGACAUAUUUUUUUUAUAUAUAUACUUUUGAUUGAAUCUCCUGACUUUUCGUCGCCAUGGCAGCUGUAGUCAGCUACUCUCCACCUUGGUGGGUAAAUGUGCUGCACAGACUUCCCCACUUCAACCUAAAGUUUCAGCAAACAAGCAGUGAUUUCCAACCAGAAGACUGGACAUAUCAGCAGUCCAUCUUGUUGGUGGGGGGUGUGGCGCUUGCCUGUCUGGCUCUGGACCUCAUUUUUCUGCUCAUCUACUCCAUUUGCCUCUGCUGCCGGCGGAGUAAAAACGCCGAUCAGCCCAACGCCGACUGCUGCUGCACAGCCUGGUGCGUCAUCAUUGCCACCCUUGUGUGCAGUGCUGGCAUAGCUGUCGGUUUCUAUGGGAAUGGUGAGACUUGUGAUGGAGUGAACCGGCUGACGUAUUCCCUCCGCCACGCCAAUCGCACAAUCACUGGAGUUCAAAAGCUGGUGUAUGAUAGUACAUCGUCGUUGAACCAGACGGUGGACAACAGUCUGCAGCAGCUUGAGAUCCAGUAUGCUCAGCAUGCAGACUACCUCUCUAUCAUCCAAAAGCUGCAGGGCCAGCUGGAUGAGCUGGUUAGACAGAUGGUCGAGAUUCCUUUCUGGGACAACAACCUCAUUUCCCUGGACGAUUUGUCCAUCACCAUUGAGCUUUAUGACUGGUACAGGUGGCUGGGCUACAUCACACUGCUGCUCUUCGACAUCCUGAUCUGCCUUCUCGUCCUGUUUGGCCUCAUUCGCAACUCAAAGGGAAUCCUUAUCGCGGUGUGCUUGUUCGGCGUAGUGGCUCUUAUAAUCAGCUGGAUCUCCCUGGGGCUGGAAUUAGCUGUCUCUGCAAGCUCAAGUGAUUUCUGCUUUGCUCCUGAUACAUAUGUUACCACAGUGGUGGAUCAGUAUGGGGUCAUCGAUAAAGUCACAAUUCCACCUCUCAGCAUGGUGUCUGUGCCAUCUUUAUUUGCCGCCACUGAUUACGUUCAGGGCAUGACUGGACUGUGCUAUGAUGGUCUGGAAGGCCUCAUCUACCUCCUGUUCUUCUCCUUCGUGACGGCCCUCAUGUUCACCUCCAUCGUCUGCAGCGUGCCUCACACCUGGAGAGGGAAACGGAACGACGACGACAGUGAAGAUGAGUCUCUGAGCCCCGGGGGGAGGCAGAACCCUGACGGCCUGUACCGGGUCCACAUGCCCAGCCUGUACAGCUGUGGCAGCAGCUAUGGGAGCGAGACGUCCAUUCCUGCCACGGCCCACACUGUCAGCAACGCGCCCGUCACAGAAUACAUGGCUCAGAACGCCAACUUCCAGAAUUCUCGCUGUGAAAACACGCCUCUGAUUGGACGCGAGUCUCCUCCUCCUUCUUACACCUCCAGCAUGCGAGCCAAGUACCUGGCCAACAGUCGACCCGAUCCCAACAACCCUCCAGCACGUUGAACCCCUCCGGUUUCCACCGAACAUCUCUGAAGCUUCUCCUCCAUCCAUUCUCUCCUCAUCUGACCCCCUUUCUUCUUUAUUUCAACCAAAUGUUUUUCCCAUCUCAGCUGAAGCGGAACCAGAGGACAUGAAUCAGAAGCACAGACACUACUAAUCCAACUUCCACACUCCUUUGUUUAGCUUUGCGUGGAUCGCUAAAGGCGCUGGGACUGAUGCAAUGGACGGUUUGAACUAAUGAGGACAUAGUUGACAUCGAACAUGGUCUCUUAAGUACUGUAACAUUAUCUUGUCUUUACUCUGGAGGAAAUGCCGGCAUCUGUAGAUAAGAUCUUUCACUCAUUCAGCUUCGAUUCACCUGCUUCAAUAGUGAGGUUAGCUUGUUAGGACUCAGCUCUUUUCUGGUUUGACUCGUACUGUACCUGUGGGAUUUCCACCGCACACUAACACACUUGGCUUAUAUAAUGGCACUCUGUCUUAAAUCUGUUGUCUGGGACCAGUUUUUCUGUGGUGUUGCAUGUUUAACCAGUCUUUUUUUCCACUUAUUUUUUUUAAACUUAUUUUAUUUAGCCUUUUUCUUAAAUAUUGCAAUGAGCCCAACUUCCACAGCAGUUUUUGUUCACCUGUGAAAUUCUAGACCUGGCAAAUGGUUUAAUUUGGUUGAAUAAAAUUAACACGUUGAAAGUUUACUUUUUCUAGGCAAAUAACUGUGAAAAAGACGAGUGCGCAGACGCUUUAAAGUUUUAAGUUCCCUGUGUCUUCUGAACUACUUGUAAUGUGGUUCUUUAUUAAAAGAACUCCAGAUGUUUCACUCAUAAAAAAGCAGUGGAGAUCACCCCAGUGGGAGUUUUAAGUUGAAUAAAAAAAUGUCUUUUUCUUAAGAAAUGUCUGGAGAAAUUGAAUGCAUUUGCAAUGCAGUGCCUCAAAUGUGUUUUAGCAUUUAAAUAGAGCUAAGAGAAGGUGGUGGCUGCUGUGAAAUGAUUGGUUUAACUUCUACUUACUGUAUUUAAAAAACAAACAAAACACUCUUUUAGGAAAUUCCUCCAUUACAGCAUGGUGAGCGUUUUGCCGUGGAUGAGAUGUUUGUGCUGCUUCUGCUUGCUUCUGAAUAUGUGAUCAGUGUAAGAAGUGAUGGUGAGACUGUGCCAACAAGUUAAGCACAAACCUUUUACACAUCUUAAAAUCCACCGACAGCUCCUGGGUGGCUAAGAAACAAGAAAAUGAGCCAAUUUAUUAUUUUUUUCUUCUUUUUUUAAAACAAUUUAUGCUUUGUUUGAUAAUUCACUGAUGCAGUCUGGACUUUCUGAUCUUUUUUUGGAGUUGUAGUUUUGACCUUUUGUAAUGUACAGAUAAAGAACAUUUAAAACUCUGAAAUUUUUUUGAAUCUUUCCUUUAAAAAAAAAUUGUCUGAAAAGUUAAGGCAUUUAUUGUGUCUUUUAAGUGAAAACAUAACUUUCUGUAAAUAUUACUAGACUGUCCCUCUUUCUUUUAUGUACUACAAUCACUGUAGAUCUGUUUUUUUAUACAUAAUUUUGUAACGUGUACAUGUAAAAGCUGUGGCCAUGUUGAAGCUUGAAUGCUGUGUUUUGAAAUUAAAGGAACUUUGAAUUGC